ACCUCGACGUCUCCUAUUCAGCCAGCGGUGGACUACUGAUUUUGAGGAAUCGAUUGAAGGAAUUGAACAUUCGAAUUCGACAUCAGUGAACUGCGAUUGAGGUACUGCAUCUUUCAGUGCUCCGCUAUGAAGGAUCUUGGGGCAGAUGUCAAAAGGGUGGGGGCUGUGAGCGGUAGUGAGGAUGGGGUUGCGGGGUCUGAGGUCAACUCGAAUGAGAGGUCUUUUGGGGACGAGGGGAUGGUGGGUCUUGAGGAUGAGAGGGAGGAGAUUGAGAGGAUUGAGAGGGUUUACAGGUGAGUACCGGUUUUUAUGAGCUUUGGUUUUGGUUUUGGUUUGGAUUCUUACGAGGAGGGCUGCUAAUAUGGUGGGGGUAGGAAAAUUGAUAUGAGGAUCAUUCCUGGUAUGGCAUCCCCCGUCCAAUUCUUUUCAAUUUGAUAUGAUUGCUAAUGAAUGAUGAUGUUACAGCAUUCUGGGUUCUCUAUUUCCUUUGCUCGGCGAUUCGAUCAAAUGUCGGUCUCGCUCAAACGAUGAACACAGCACAAGGCCAUUCCCUCGUGCAGAAAUUGCACCUGACACCCAAAGAAACGUCUACGGCGUUGGCUCUCUUCUACGUCGCUUAUGUUAUCUUUGAUUGUCCUUCUAAUCUCCUGAUGACACGGCUCAGUCCUCGAGUCUGGAUGUCGAGAAUUGUCAUCGCAGUUGGGAUCAUUGGCGCCUGUUUUGCUGCUGUCAAGGCGGCUUGGAGUCUCCUGUGAGUCACGUUUUCCCCAAUUGAUUUAGUUGCCUUGAUGGAAUAUGGAACUUGGCCUAACACAUUCUCUCUUUCUUGUUGCUAGUCUACUUCGAUUCUUGCUGGGAGUCGUCAUUGCGGGCAUGUGGCCUGGUAUGGCGUACUAUCUGACUCUUUUCUACCCCCCUUCCCGCACCGGCAAGCGAAUUGGGUAUUACUUCACCGCAGCCCAGGUAUCCGCCGCAGUCACCGGUCUCGUGUCUGCGGGGUUCCAGAAGAUGGAUGGGGUAGGUGGAUUGGUUGGGUUCCAGUGGAUGUUCUUGCUUUACGGACUUUGUGCUAUUGUUCUGGGAUUCAUUUUGUUGUGGUGGUUGCCCGAUCGUCCGUUGCCGCCUGGACAAGCUCGUCCUAAUACCUGGCGUGAGAGAAUUCUGCCUGCUACCCCCCCUGUUCUCACAGGUGACGAUGCGGAGGUCCAUUACAAGGACUUGACGAGGGUUUAUCAUCCCAGACCAUGGACGGUGAAGGACUUGGGGAUGGUCCUGAUUGAUUGGCGACUUUGGCCUUUGACUAUGAUGUAUUUUGGAGUUGUCGGUGUGGGAAUUGGAACGCAACUUUAUGGGACAGUCAUUAUUUCUGGCAUCAACCCAGAUUUCUCAGGUAUCACCUUGAGUUUGUUGUUUGCUCCUAUUUGGGUUGUAAGUCCUCCCCAUUUGUCUUUUUGACACGCAAGAUUUUAACUCUCUCAGAUGGACCUCAUCGCCAUCCUCAUCGUGACACCAAUCUCAGAUCGCUUCCACCAUCACCGCGCCAUCUUCUUCUCGGCUGCAGUCUGUAUUCAAAUUGCUGGUAUCCUGACCACCACUUUCGCCCCUCGAACCCUCCCCUGGGCCCGCUACGGCGGUCUCCUAAUGGUGGGCUUCGGACUCGGUCCAACAGUACCUAUCUGCAUGACCUGGACCAACGAGAUCUUCCAACGACGCCACGGCGAAGUAGGUGUCGCCGCCGCCGCAGCUCUCGUCUCUGGACUGGGUAAUCUGGGAAGUGUCACGACGACAUAUGCCUUGUAUACUGGGUGGCCAGAGGAUGCGAAGCGAGGUCCUAAACAGUACCGCAAGAGCAAUUAUGUUAUGAUUGCCAUCCUGGUCAUGAGUAUCUUGAGUAGUUUCGUCAUGACGUUUCUACUUAAAGUUAUUGGAAACCCUCCUAGUAAGAAGAUUGCUGCGGAGAUGAACGAGACAGGGGAUUUCGCAGAUGGGGCGGCAAGGAGGGAGGGAAGACAAAGGGGAUGUGGAGGGUUGUGGAGGAAGAAGUAGAUUUUCUACUCUCUUCUCAACGCCUUUGCAUCCUUCUCUUUCCUUCUCAUCAUGAGGCGAUGAAGGACAAACACUUCAACACGCGAAAACGACCAGAUUCCAAGAGUGAACAUUCAACAUCUUCCUCACGCCACUCCUUUACACCAGGGACUCACCUUACCGGACGUCUACUUAUCUUCUCUAUCCUUCCUUCCUUCAUCCUUUUUUCCUUCCUCCUUUUUUGAACUCUGAUUACUUUUAGCGACGAUACCCCCAUUCAAGCGUUUCUAUAUGCUUUUCAUCAUCCCCUUCUUUGGGUUUUUACAAGUACACCCGGUAAUUAAAAAUCAAAGGGCGGAUCGGCGACAAUGCUGCGCGCUAUCGCUUGGAGAGGCGUAUACGGAUCUGAGACGGCACCCGGCAACAAUUCUGCUUACGAUAUUGUUGGGA